AUGGGUGGUGUAGGUGAAGAGAUGAGAGUACUGGAAAGCAGAGAAUGGUACAUUGCGUCUUAUGCACCUCAAGGUGUUCCAAAUUCUGAUCAUCUCAAGAUUCGUACUGCCAAACUCUCACUAGCUCUUAAUUUGAUCCCCGAACGGCAUGUCGUUCUUGAGACCCUCUUCCUCUCCGUAAUUGUAGCAUUUGGGGUUGGAAGGGUAAUUAAGUCAAACGAUACCAAUUACAGUGAAGGUGACAUAGUGAUCAGCCCUGUCACACCUUUGGCUGAAUAUUGCGUGGUAAGGCUCAUAAAGGAGGAAUUUGGAUAUGAUGAUGCAUUCAACUAUCACAAAGAGAUAGAUUUUGAUGCUGCUUUGAGCAAGUAUUUCCCAAAUGGAAUUGAUGUAUACCUUGACAAUGUUGGCGGUAGAAUGCUUGAGGCUGUUCUCAACCAUGUCAACAAGCAUGCAAAGAUCCCUCUUUGUGGCAUGAUACCUGAGUACAAUAGGGUCAUCAAAUUUGUGCAGGUUUGGACUGAGAGAGAGGGGGUGAGGAAUCUGCUGAAUUUAGUCGGCAAGGAGGUGCAUAUGCAAGGGUUCAUGCUGGGCUCAUACAUGGAUCGUUUUGGGGAUUUUGCAAAGGAGAUGGAUGGUCACCUAAAGCAAGGCAAGAUUGGUUCUAAACUCAAAAUCUUCCAUGGAAUUGACAAAUUCUUGGACAGUUUAGGAUCUCUAUUCACCGGCCAGCUGUAA